UAGGGAAAGAGGCGGGGCGGUGGCCAAUCAAAGCGCAGAUUUGCCUCCACGAGGGCGCGAGGGUGAGACGUCAUCAGUGAGCGUCGACCGCUGUUUGGACGCUAUCUUCCUAGAGACCGUGGUGUGAGGAGGGAAGAGGCCUCAGGAUGUCUCUGGCUGAUGAGCUCCUGGCCGACCUCGAGGAGGCGGCAGAAGAAGAGGAGGGAGGAAGCUAUGGGGAGGAGGAGGAGGAGCCGGCCAUCGAGGAUGUGCAGGAGGAGACCCAGCUGGAUCUUUCUGGGGACUCAGUCAAGAGCAUCGCCAAGCUGUGGGACAGCAAGAUGUUUGCCGAGAUCAUGAUGAAGAUUGAGGAGUACAUCAGCAAGCAGGCCAAAGCUUCAGAAGUGAUGGGACCAGUGGAGGCGGCCCCUGAGUAUCGGGUCAUCGUAGACGCCAACAACCUAACAGUAGAGAUCGAGAAUGAGCUGAACAUUAUCCAUAAGUUCAUCCGGGAUAAGUACUCAAAGCGAUUCCCCGAGCUGGAGUCCCUGGUCCCCAACGCCCUGGAUUACAUCCGCACUGUCAAGGAGCUGGGCAACAGCCUGGACAAAUGCAAGAACAAUGAGAACCUGCAGCAGAUACUGACCAACGCCACCAUCAUGGUCGUCAGCGUCACUGCCUCCACCACCCAGGGGCAGCAGCUGUCGGAGGAGGAGCUGGAGCGGCUGGAGGAGGCCUGCGACAUGGCGCUAGAGCUCAACGCCUCCAAGCACCGCAUCUACGAGUACGUGGAGUCGCGGAUGUCCUUCAUUGCCCCCAACCUCUCCAUCAUCAUUGGGGCCUCCACUGCCGCCAAGAUCAUGGGGGUGGCCGGCGGCCUGACCAACCUCUCCAAGAUGCCCGCCUGCAACAUCAUGCUGCUUGGGGCGCAGCGUAAGACACUGUCAGGCUUCUCGUCCACCUCGGUGCUGCCCCACACCGGCUACAUCUACCACAGCGACAUCGUGCAGUCCCUGCCCCCGGAUCUGCGGCGGAAAGCCGCCCGGCUGGUGGCCGCCAAGUGUACGCUGGCAGCCCGCGUGGAUAGCUUCCACGAGAGCACGGAGGGGAAGGUGGGCUAUGAGCUGAAGGACGAGAUUGAGCGCAAGUUUGACAAGUGGCAGGAGCCGCCUCCCGUGAAGCAGGUGAAGCCGCUGCCCGCGCCCCUCGACGGGCAGCGCAAGAAGCGAGGUGGCCGCAGGUACCGCAAGAUGAAGGAGCGGCUGGGGCUGACAGAGAUCCGGAAGCAGGCCAACCGCAUGAGCUUCGGAGAGAUCGAGGAGGACGCCUACCAGGAGGACCUGGGUUUCAGCCUGGGCCAUCUGGGCAAGUCGGGCAGCGGGCGGGUGCGGCAGACGCAGGUGAACGAGGCCACCAAAGCCAGGAUCUCCAAGACGUUGCAGCGGACCCUGCAGAAGCAGAGCGUGGUGUACGGUGGGAAGUCCACCAUCCGCGACCGCUCGUCGGGAACCGCCUCCAGCGUGGCCUUCACCCCACUCCAGGGCCUGGAGAUUGUGAACCCACAAGCAGCGGAGAAGAAGGUGGCGGAGGCCAACCAGAAGUACUUCUCCAGCAUGGCCGAGUUCCUCAAGGUCAAGGGCGAGAAGAGCGGCAUCACGUCCACCUGAGGGGGGCGCCCGGCCAUCACUGGCUGGAGGGACACGGGGCCCCCCGCAAGGGGGUCGGGGUCCGGAGGGGCUGGGGGUGCCAGCAGGGAGCAGCGUCCCAGGCCAGCCGCUGUGGCAUGACGGCCAGUGAGGCCUGAGAGAAGCUGGCCCCCCGCGUGGAGCUCGCCGCCCCCUCCGCAGACACAGCCAGGCCUCACCACGCGUCGUCUUUAACUGGGAAAGGAGGUACCUUUGGAAUGGACGUAAUUAAAAGCACGUUAUCAGGA